CUGUAAAAAAUCUCGAGAAUUACUACUUUUUGAAACGAAAAUCCUAAAACAAUGGCAAUCCUCCCAUAUAUCCCGAGAUUAAAUUCCGAAGUUGGCAACGCUGAUUAUGGGCUCGACUAUUGCGGCCCUUUUGAAAAACUUCAUGUAUUAUGUCAUUUACUGGAUUGGUAUUGUUCUCCAGCCAAGUAAUUUAUUGUUUAGAGAUAAUGGCCUUGACAACUCAAGUUAUAUUUGUUUGUAUUGCUGCUAUAAUAGCAAUUCACUACACUGGGCGAUCAAAAAUAAUCAUGCGGGGUGUGGAUAAAGCAAUAUUUGGGUCUUACGGCUGCAUUCCAGCGCCAAAAAUCGAAGGACUCACAAUGCAUUAUUUUAAAGUGCGUGGUAGAGGUGAAGGCAUUCGAAUUAUCUUACAGGAUAAUGGCGUUCUUUAUUCUGAAGUAAACUUUAGUGGUGAAGAGUGGGCUGAAAUUAAAAAGAGAGGAAUUGAAAGUGGAACUUUUACCUUUGGUCAAGUUCCUGCAAUUACUACAAAGUCAGGCUUCAGACUUGUACAAAGUUUGGCUAUUGUUCAUUACAUUGGUCGUUCUUUGGGUCUUGAUUGUGAAUGUGAUGAUUAUCAUCUUUGCGAAGUGGUUGCCUUAGGAGCAGAGGAUCUUCGUGCUAAGCUAGGCAAAGUUAUGUAUGAUCCUAAUUUCUCCAUGACCAAACGCAAUGAUUAUGUUGCUAAUAUUCUGCCAACAUGGUUGUCUCACUUUGAGAAACUUGCUCCUGCUAUAGACAAGGAAAGUAACCAUUCAUUUUUUAUUAGUAAUCGUUUGACUUGGAUUGACUAUUUCUUGUUUGAUCUCAUUGACAUAAAUGUGGAGUUUGUCAAACACACUCGAUUGUAUUUGGUAGAAUCAGAUAUUAUUGAGGACAUUUUUGAGAACUUUCCAAAGUUAGGUUAUUUUUAUAAGACAUUUUCUCAACGUCCUGCCCUUCGUAAGUAUUUAUUGUCUAAUGAAAGACUUCCAUUCAAACUUCCUUAUUCCCCACAAUCAAGCAUGAAAAAUAAUACUUCUUAAAUUCAAAUUUGAACUGAGUUACAAGGUCAGUGUUGCAGUUUCCUUUUGGCUACAAAUAUGUCAAUAUAAUUUAGAAAAAGAACAAUUGCAUCUCGGAAAUCUGUCGUAAAAAUGAUAAUUUCUAUCAUUAAAAUGCAGUUGGUCUUUACUGAGAGUUAUAUCGCACUAAGGCGCCGUUUACAUGAGCCCGAGUUCAUAUUUAACCCAGGUCUAACUGCGAUAGGUUCUUAUGCUUACAUGAGCCUGGGUUGAUAUUUAACCCAGGUCUAACUGCGAUAGGUGCUUAUGUUUACACGAGCCUGGUUGAUAUUUAACCCAGGUCAGACUGCGAUAGGUGCUUAUGUUUACACGAACCCGGGCUAGAACUGAUUUUUCAACACGACUCAGCAAUUCUCAGCCUUGACCUGAAAAUAAAGCCAAAGACAAGCAAACCCUGGUUAAAUGAAGAAAUGAGCUAAAUUUAAUGCUCUAACACCUUGCAAACCUGGAUCGACCCGGAUCUUGAGAAGGGUGCCCCGGGUUGGUAAAUUGACCCGGCUAUCUUGUAAACGUUAAUAGGAAUUUAUUAGUAGACGGGUUGACUCGGGUUGGCAUACCAACCCGGGCUCGUGUGAACGGGGCCUAAGUCAAGUCUUUUUUGUUCUGAACAAACCGAAUUUGCGCUUGUCAUAUAAUAAGAGAAGAGAGGUUCAACAAGAAAUUGUGAUUUAAAAUAGGAAUUGCUCAGUGGAACAUAUUACUUUUUAAACUUGUUUUAUCUAUGAAUAAAAAUGUGAAUGUAUGAUCACGUUACACACCCAAGGAUCGAUAGUAGUCGUGAUUAUUGCAUGUCACAUGUGAUUCACGUGGUCUUCUCUUGAAAGUUGACCAAAUGAAAGCUUAAAAUGUAUUAACCAUUUUUAACAAUUUCUUGGGAGUUUUUCAGUUAAUAUUUUAAACUAUUUUGUUGCAAUUAAUUUUGAGUACAAAAUGUGGUAAUUCAAACGUCCAGCUCUUUUGUUCAAAAUGUGGUUUUUUUAUAUUUAAACACCAAAUAUAACAGACCGACUAAAAUUCAAAUGCAAAUUUUAAAGUCGUUAUUGGACCAACAUUUCUCAAAUGGACCAAUGUUAAAAUAUAAGCGCAACCUGCAGACUGUAUUUGUGACGAGCAGCAGACUAUAGUGCACUUGAUAUUGAAUAAUCAUUCGCCUGUUUCCCACGGGAUUUGAGGAAAGCAUUGUUCUUCCUAUAAUUUGCAAGAUAAGAUCUUUACCCCGAUCGUUGUUUCGACUGCAAUAUAUGUAAUAAAAUAUGAUUGUGGA